AUGUUUGAAAAGGUGCCUUAUGUGGAAAACUUAUGUGAAGAUCUAGAUCAAAACUUGAAAUUUGAAGACGUGUCCGUAAUUUCUAAGACUCCUGUGAGAAUCCCUACCAAGGGCCCCAUAAGAAUCACUGCUGAGCCCAACGUCGCUCCCUUGAUCAUUACCAAGCCUGGUCCGAUCCCGUACUCCUCUGACAAAGCUGUUCCUUGGAGCUAUGGUAAUGAUGUGUACAUCCAUGGUGUGAAACAAGAAGCCUUGAAUGAUGAGCCUGUCAAAGUUCCCAGUCGCGAUGUUGACAAUAUUGUAGGGACCAGCAAGGUUACAAGAAGUGGAAGAAUUUUCUCUCCGAAAAUCUCUCCUGAUGCCAAUAUCUCAACCCAGGUCCCUGUUUCCGAUUUAACUGCUGAUGUGCGAGGAAAAGGACCAAUGCCGGAACCAGUUCAAAUACCAGGGGAAGUUACGGCUGAAGAAGUCUCUCAAAAGGAAAUGGAUGAAAUUCUGAAGGUCAUCCGGAAGAGUGAUUAUGAUGUGAUCGAACAGUUGGGGCACACUUCCUCCAAGAUAUCCAUGCUAUCAUUGUUAACUUGUUCGGAGGCUCAUGCUAAGGCUCUGAUGAAAUUUCUAAAAGCUGCGCAUGUACCACAAGAGAUUUCUGUUAAUCAAUUUGAGAACUGUGUUGUAAGUUUGACAACGAACAACUACCUGGGGUUUUCUGAUGCUGAUCUGACUCCUGCUGGAAAGAGUCAUAACAAGGCCUUGCACAUCUCCAUUGAGUGUAAGGGUACUACUCUGUCCCAUGUGCUGGUGGAUAAUGGCUCCUCCUUGAAUGUAUUACCUAAAAUGGUGCUGGAUAGACUUGAUUCUGAGGGGAUGAUACUAAAACCCAGUAAUGUGGUGGUGAAGGCUUUCGAUGGGUCGAAGAGUACAGUCUAUGGAGAGGUUGAGCUCCCAAUCAGAGUGGGUUCUCAAACUUUCAACUCCUUGUUCUAUGUGAUGGAUAUCCACCCCGCCUAUUCUUGUUUGCUUGGGCGCCCGUGGAUACAUGGGGCAGGUGCUGUGACAUCUACGUUGCAUCAGAAGCUGAAGUACCUUGCAAAUGGCAAGAUCGUCACUGUGCAUGGGGAAGAAGAGUAUGUAGUUAGUUGUGCGAAUGAGUACAAGUAUAUCGAAGUGAACGGCGAAUUCAUCGAGACUCCUUGCCAGACUUUUGAAUUGAUUCCUCAAGUUGUCUCUUCUGCCAAGCACACUCCUACUGUUCCUAAAGUUACUCGGAUCCCUCCAACCAUGGCUUCUCUGAAAGAUGCUAAGGCUGUAGUUGAAAAAGGUGGUUGUACUAUUUAG